CUCCCCAUUCUCCCCUCACUUCCCUCCCUUCCCUCGGUUCCCUCUCUUCCCUCCCCUCGGUUCCCUCACUUCCCUCCCUUCCCUCGUUUCCCGCUCUUCCUCCCCUUCCCUUGUUUCUCUCUCUUCCCUCCCUUCCCUCGUUUCCCUCUCUUCCCUCCCUUCCCUCGCUUCCCUCUCUUCCCUCCCUUUCCUCGUUUCCCUCUCUUCCCUCCCUUCCUUCGCUUCCCUCUCUUCCCUCCCUUCCUUCGGUUCCCUCUCUUCCCUCCCUUCCCUCGUUUCACUCUCCAUCCUCCCUUCAUUCGUUGUUUCCCUCUCUUCUCUCCCUUCCCUCGUUUCCCUCUUUCCCUCCCUUCCCUCGUUUCCGUCUCUUCCCUCCCUUGCAUCGUUUCCCUCUCUUCCCUCCCUUCCCUCGUUUCCCUCGCUUCCCUCCCUUCCCUCGUUUCCUUCGUUUCCCUCCCUUCCCUCGUUUCCCUCUCUUCCCUCCCUUCCCUCGGUUCCCUCUCUUCCCUCCCUUCCCUCGUUUCCUUCGUUUCCCUCCCUUCCCUCGUUUCCCUCUCUUCCCUCCCUUCCCUCGGUUCCCUCUCUUCCCUCCCUUCCCUCGUUUCCCUCUCUUCCCUCCCUUCCCUCGUUUACCUCUCUAUCCUCCCUUCCCUCGUUUCCCUCUCUUCUCUCCCUUCCCUCGUUUCCCUCUUUCCCUCCCUUCCCUCGUUUCCCUCUCUUCCCUCCCUUGCAUCGUUUCCCUCUCUUCUCUCCCUUCCCUCGUUCCCCUCGCUUCCCUCCCUUCCCUCGUUUCCUUCGUUUCCCUCCCUUCCCUCGUUUCCCUCUCUUCCCUCCCUUCCCUCGGUUCCCUCUCUUCCCUCCCUUCCCUCGUUUCCCUCUCUUCCCUCCCUUCCCUCGUUUCCCCCUCUUCCCUCCCUUGCAUCGUUUCCCUCUCUUCUCUCCCUUCCCUCGUUUCCCUCGCUUCCCUCCCUUCCCUCGUUUCCCUCGCUUCCCUCCCUUCCCUCGUUUCCCUCGUUUCCCUCCCUUCCCUCGUUUCCCUCUCUUCCCUCCCUUCCCACGCUUCCCUCUCUUCCCUCUCUUCCCACGCUUCCCUCUCUUCCCUCCCUUCCCACGCUUCCCUCUCUUCCCUCCCUUCCCACGCUUCCCUCUCUUCUCCCCAUCCUUCCUUCCUUACACACUCCUCCUGCCGUUCUCACUCUUGCAAUCCUCACUGCCAUCCCUCGAUACCCUUGUCGUCACCUCCCCUCCCCUACCCCCUACUCCCAUCUCACCUCCCCUCCCCUACCCCCUACUCCCAUCUCACCUCCCCUCCCAUACCCCCUACUCCCAUCUCACCUUCCCUCAAAUACCUCUUCUUUUCCCGCCCCCUACCAAGGGCACUUUGCUCAUACCCUGCCCCUCCAGUUUGACUUCUACAUUCCUGCGCAACUCCCGAUACAGCCCACCCGUGUCAUCAUGGCGAUACUCUCGCAUACCGUGCUUCUCUUGCAGGCGGGGUGA